CGAUAUGGCUGUAGAUGAGAUGAAAAAAAUUCGAAGGAAAGUGAGAAAACGAUCUCGGCCAAAUAAAAAUCAGACCGUUGAAGCGAAUGAAGUGAAUGAAUCAGACGCAGUUGUCUCUGAACAAGAUCCAUCUGUUAUCAGAGAAGAUCAAAUUUCUGACGACGAAACAGAAACUUCAGGAAAGGCAAAGGUCAGCAAGUUAGAAACGAAGACUGAAAAGUCCGUAAAAGCGAAGCCAGAAGGGAAAUCAGACCUCGAUGAGUGUAAAUUAGGAGUUUUAUCUGACGACAAGUUCGAAUCAUUAGUUGGAAAGGUAAAUGAACAUACUCUAAAAGCUGUAGGAGAAAUGGGAUUCGAUACUAUGAUGGAAAUUCAAGCAAAGAGUAUUCCUACACUUCUCGAGGGCAAAGAUCUUAUUGGAGCUGCUAGGACAGGCAGUGGAAAAACUCUUGCGUUUCUCAUUCCAGCCAUUGAACUGGUGUACAAGCUGAACCCGAAGCCUCACAACGGAACUAUCUGUAUCGUUUUGUCACCUACUCGGGAGCUCUCGAUGCAAAGUUUUGGCGUCCUUGAAGAGUUAAUGAAGUUUCAUAAGAUGACCUACGGGAUUGUAAUGGGUGGAACCAAUAGGUCUGCAGAAGCUCAAAAGCUGUUGAAAGGAGUCAACAUUUUGAUCGCAACUCCUGGUAGACUUCUGGACCACAUGACGAACACAAAAGGCUUUGCCUAUCACAACUGUGCAUGCUUGGUAAUCGACGAGGCUGAUCGGAUUUUAGAAGUUGGAUUCGAACAUGAAAUGCGACAAAUUGUGAAGAUGUUACCGAAGGCAAGACAGACUAUUCUGUUUUCGGCAACGCAGACUAAAAAGACGGAGGAUUUGGCUAAGAUAUCAAUCAAGCACAAACCAGUCUACGUGGGCGUGGAUGAUAAAAGAUCUGUCGCAACAGCGGAAGGCCUAACACAAGGAUAUGUUGUCGUACCAUCUGACAAACGGCUGCUAUUGCUGUUCACGUUUUUGCGGAAGAAUAUGAAUAAAAAGGUGAUGGUAUUCUUUUCAUCCUGCUUGUCUGUCAAAUACCACUACGAGUUGUUUAAUUUCAUCGAUUUGCCAUGUGAGUCAAUUCAUGGGAAGCAAAAACAGGCGAAGCGGACCUCGACGUUCUUUAAUUUCUGCAAAGAAGAAAAAGGUAUAUUGCUUUGUACAGAUGUGGCAGCCAGAGGUCUGGACAUCCCUGAAGUGGACUGGAUAGUGCAGUAUGACCCCCCACAAGAUCACAAAGAAUACAUACACAGAGUAGGCAGAACAGCACGUGGAGUUAGUGGUCGUGGAAAUGCUCUGCUGGUUCUCCGCCCCGAGGAACUGUCUUUUUUGAAACUGUUGCAGUCGGCCAAAGUUCCAGUGAAUGAAUUCGAUUUCCAGUGGAGCAAAAUACAGAAUAUACAAGCUGGAGUGGAAAAAUUGAUUGGCAAAAACUACUAUUUGCACAAGUCGGCCACGGGUGCUUUCAAAUCGUACGUGCGAGCAUAUGCAAGUCACUCUUCAAAAGAUACAUUCGAUAUUACGACACUGGACCUGAAAUUGGUGGCGAAGUCUUUUGGGUUUGAGACUCCGCCGUAUGUAGACAUCAGCGUUGUUAGUGCGAAAUCUUUCAAGCAGAGGAAAAUGAUGUCAGAGAAAAAAUCUGGAAAGCAGAAGAUUUUCAAAAACCUUUCAAAAAAAUAACUCGAGGUCAAACUAUUUAAUAGAUGGAUCAAAUCGUACUGUAAAGUUUUGAUCAAAAUUUAAAAUGUACUUCGAUAAACUUCUUGAAUUUUGAACUACCUUGCAUUCAUUACACCAUAAUAUGAUUCAAAAAAAUUUA